UGAUUUUGAUAAGUCAUACACACCGAACUGCGGAGUUAAAGGCAUAGUAAGCGUGAAGUCAUCAGCAGCUAUGUCUAAAAGAUACAGAGACUUUCACAGCAGCCUACAGGAGUAUGGAAACAAUGCGUCUUUUCACGGAUUGCACUUCGUGACAGAUCCUUUGUCAAAUAAACCUAGAAGGUUAUUCUGGUUGCUACUCCUGCUCGCUUGUCUGGCUGUCUUGAUUUAUCAGAUAGUGGACAGAGUCAUAUACUUUUAUUCAUACCCCGUCACCGUUAAUGUAAAAGUCAACUACAACAGGUCAUUGGAGUUUCCGGCAGUCACUAUCUGUAACCAAAACGCAUACAAAGCGACACUUUCUGCUUCACUUGGUCGAUACAGACUCAUAGAAAAGAUGUACUCCGAGUCCUUCAACCGCACCGAUCUCCAACAAUUUUCAGCUGAAAACAUUUCCCUCGGCGAUCUCUUUCUUCAGUCCUCACACAGGAGGAAUGACUUCAUUUUCAGACGUAUUUGGAAAGGCCAAGUCGUUGAUGAGGAAGACAUACAUAAGAUGGCUACCGACCACGGAGUUUGUUACACUUUCAAAAACUACGGACUUGAUGAUUUUGUUACAUCCCCAGGAGUUGAAAAUGGGUUGCGUUUGACACUGAACAUUGAACAAUACGAGUACAUGCCAGGACCUCAUGAUGCAGCAGGAAUAAAGAUGCUUCUUCAUGAUCGAAAUGAAAUUCCCCGCGUCCACGCACUCGGUCAAGCUAUACCGCCAGGGGCCCACGUGUUUGUUGGUGUAAAAAUUGUAGAGGUAUCGAAUCUCCCACCUCCCCAUGGAACCUGUCAGGAUAAAACCCUGGAGUACGUAGAUGUGUAUACGACAGAAGCUUGUCAGUUAGACUGCCUCACCAAAAGGGCGGCAACCGUCUGUGGAUGUCGGUCAUUGUUUAUGCCUGAAAAAGAGGACGAAUUUCCGACAAUAUCUGAAAAACUCUGUGACUGUCCAGUUCCAUGUCAAUUCAGACUUUAUGAAACAGAUAUAUCAUAUGCCAGCACUUCAGCCUACAGUUUGAACAAAUUUUUAAAUGACAACGAUAAAAAGAACUUGUCUCAAAGUGUGUUAGAAGGAGCGGAAGUUACGUCACGUUAUGAGGAAACUCAAUUUUCAAAGGUUCAGUAUCUGUACAACCGCUUGAUAAAUGACAUGAUAACGGUACAGAAAAGGGUCCUUGUUAACUUGAAGCAAAUUGUCAAUGAAGCCCUUGUUGGGGCUAACAAAAGAUAUCAAGAAAUCAAAGACCAUUAUAUUUGGAAGGAAUACUUAUACAGAUAUCAAGCUUAUAUUCUGCAAAAAAAUUUCAUGCGUCCUCGCGAUGCAUAUGAAGAACGCACUUUCCAUAUAGUGGCACUAGGGUAUGCUGAAUACAUAAUGACUAUAGAAAGUAGAAUUCGAGAAUUAUCCAAUGAAAAUUUUACAGAUAGAGCUACGAGGCAACUAUGGUAUCAGGACACAUCAGACAUGUUGACAAACAGGGAAAGGAUAAUAGAGAUUGCAUUGAUAAAUUUCACAUCCCUGAUAGAGGCAUACGAUACUGGAAUACAAAUAUUCAAUUACAGAUUCUUUUCUACACCACGUUCUCAUAAUAUUCCUGCUGCACCAAAAUUACUCAUCAAGGAAUCAAGAGUUCAUAACAGCUACGCAAGAAAGUAUGGAAAACGAUUUGGGUCUUAUCUUGAAAGAACGAUUACUAUUCUUAAGUUUUGUCAAGAAGUAUUGGACGAAGCCUAUUUUAAUAUGACAAUGGACGAAGCAAAUAUGACAGAGUGUCGUGAAAAAUUUCGAUAUUUAAUGAGAAAUUGGGUGUUUGCAAGAAGUGUGUUUUAUUUUGAUACCAUAGACUGGCCUCUGAGGCAGAUAGAAGAACGUCAGCAAAGAUUUGACGAGCAGUGGAACGAAUUAAAAACCGUGUUCGAAAAUCUGAAUCAAAGUUUAACUUCUCUGAAGACCGACAUACAAGUUUUUGAAAGGGAUACAUUUACAAGUAUCGAACAUAUACGAGAUUCUAUAGAGGCCUAUCUGAAUGAUACAUUGACAAAACUUCAUAUCUCGGAAAUCUUCACAGCUGUCAGUUUUCAACAUUUGGUCACAAAGUUAGAUUUAUUUUUUCAACAAAUACGUUCCAGGGAAAAAUCCUUAUAUGAUUGGUUAAGCCAGAUGCAGAAUGAUGCGUAUGGCAUUUUAAGAGUGAUAGUUUCUGAUGAGGACUCUUGGGAAUAUUACAAUUUUACAGGACGGACAGAUUAUUUGGGUAAUAUUUCGGACAUUGGGAGUAACUUGAUAGAAAAUUAUACUUCAGUAGCUGAAACAAUGCAGUUUUCUGUCUGUGUGAACGGAAGUGAUUCUAUAUUACUGUCGACAUUACACGAUUUCGUGGAUGAAAUGACGUCUUAUAAAGAAUCACUAAAGAUUGACAGCAGUUUUAUCAAAGAUAAUUUUCUACAGGUAGACAUUUUUUAUCGCCAGAUGAGUUACGAAGAAAUUCAUCAGCAAGAAGCCUACGAUAUGUUCUCUCUUUGGUGUGACAUCGGAGGAACUAUGGGGCUUUUUCUGGGAGCAAGUUUCCUGUCUGUUGUAGAAAUUGUAGACUUUAUACUUACCCACACGACAUACCAAAAGAAAGGAAACAAGGACAAAGUAGUCAGAAAACAGUUCCUGUAGAAACAAA